CUUUCUUUUGCUUUAAUAAUAAAAUAAAUAAAUAAAUUUCUUAUCAUGGCUAACAGAACAGUCCCACCCGACAUCGAAACUUGCCCACAUGCCAUUUCUAGUCAACACCCACACUCUAGUUCGCACUCCAGCCUGCACUCCAACCCACACCACCAUAAAGAGAGGGCAUUCGAUAUACGUCGAUUGUUCGGAAGGGCCACAAAAGACUCCACAGAGCUAUCAAAGACGUCCUCGGUCAGCUCCUUGCCAACCGAACGGUCCUUUAGCCUUCAUUCCAACAGCCUCUUGGUUCUCGAUGAUAUCCCGCCUUCUCAAUCCAAUAUUGACAUUGUACGCUACAGCUGGGAACGAGUUUCUGAGAUUAGGCUGCCAACCGACCACCCAGCUGUCUCACCAUCACACGCAUUCGGUCUCGCCUUUUACGAAGCUCUUUUUGAACUCAACGGGGACCUCAAACCCCUCUUUGCAAACGUCUUCCAACAGGCCCGUGCAUUAACAGGCAUGAUAUCUUACCUAGCCUGGGCUCCCACUGUCACCGGAGCCUGUCCACCUCCCCCAACCUGUCCAAUGACAGGAAAGGUCGCCAAUCCAGACCGGGUAUACACAAUUCGUGAGAUCAAUGCCAGAAAACGUGCACGUGAGGCAUCAUUGACAUCCAGCAGGCAGCCCUCUCUUGACGGUGCAACCCUUGUGGACGCUGGAGAAGAAGACGAAACAACCCCAAGAUCAACUACAAAUCCAACAACUACACCACCAGCUUCAGCUUCAGUAUUAGCAGACGAAGACGAAGACGAUGAUCCAGAAGGCUUGAUCCAGCAAAUGCACGAAUUAGGCGCCCGUCACUUCUUUUACAAAGUCAAUCCACAAUACUUUACCUUGGUCGGUCCGGCCUUUGUAAGUGCCCUCAAAGUAAGACUUGGAGAUGAAUAUCGACAUGAGAUUGGCGAGGCUUGGAUACGGACAAAUUCCUAUGCUGCUUAUCAUAUGAGUGCCGGUUUAGAGUCCCAGCUGGCCUGGGAACAGGGGCACCGUAAGCAAGUAGGCAACAAGCCCACGCGCCAGAAAUCCGGUUGUAGCAUACAGUAACACGUUAGAACAAUGGAAUGUGUACGACUCCAGCAAAGUCAGGGAUCGAAAAUGUCGAUCUUUGAGCUACAAGUUGAAUGUAUAAUAUAUAUAGAGUAUAAUAUAAAGAGAUCCAUACAUACAUAUUUAUAUAUAUGUAUGUAUAUGUAUGUAUGCACGUCACUCAAGAGAUGAAGAAAAAAUAAUAACAUAAAUUACGAAUACAAGCACUGAUACGCACAUGAAUGAAUAAAGAGAAAUCUAAUAUACACU